CCGUCGGAGGCCGCCGUAGCGGGGUGUGGCGAGGAGGGGGGCGGAAGCGGCGGAGCAGGAAGGAGGAAGCCAUGGCGGCGGCUGCGGCCGAGGCCGAGUGGGAGCCCGCGGGGCUGCUGCCGGCCGCGGGGGGCGGCUUGGACUGGGAGGCGGUGCUGGGCGAGGAGCUGGGCGAGCUGCUGGGCGCCGCCGGGCCGCCGCGGGACAUGGGGGCAGAGCCCGAGGAAAGCGAUCUCUGUAACUUCCAUUUUGACUUGGAUUUGAUGUCCUGGGACUCAGACCUUUGGAACAUCACAAGCCACGCUUAUUCAGAUGCAAACGUGAAGACAGAGCCCUUAUCACCAGCCGCUUCAAGUUGUUCGGUCCCUUCUCCAUCGUCUGUGGACUCGCCAGUGCAGAAUGUGCCUGAUGAUAUGGACUUCAGCUGUAGCUCCCAGAUGUCUCCCAUCUCCCUCUACAUCAAGAGUUCUGGAAGCCCCGCGUCCCCUGAAGGAGAUGCAGGGAAGAAGCCUGCUGUCAGCGCCACUUCUCGCUCUGCAAAUAAUUCCGUGAAAACUCCGAAGAAAUGUCAGUCAGCAUCCAGGCCUUCAAUACAACCGAAGCCCCUUCUGCCUGCUGUACCUGAGGCUCAGACUAACAUUGGCAUCCCAGCUAAAACCAUCAUUAUUCAGACUCUUCCAACACUUGUGCCACUGCCAAAGCAUCAGCCAGUUGUUAACAUCCAGCCAGCACCUCCCAAAGGUCAAUCAGUGGUGCUCCCCCAGCCCACCGUGGUACAGCUCCAGGCUUCUGGGGUGCUUCCUGCCUCCCAGCCAGUCAUUGCUGUCACUGGAGGGACCACGCAGCUCCACAACCACACCCACACGGUGAAUGCGCUGCCCCCGGCUGCUGGAAAUGGCUCACCAAGUGGCAAAAUCGCGGUGACUAAACCCUUGCUGCAAAGCACCACACCGACGGUGGGGCUGGAUGUCAAUGUCUUGAGAAGGCAGCAGCGCAUGAUCAAAAACCGGGAGUCAGCCUUUCAGUCACGGAAGAAAAAAAAGGAAUACAUGUUGGGACUAGAGGCCAGGCUGGAGGCAGCCUUACUGGAGAACGAGAAACUCAAGAAGGAAAACAGCACACUGAAGAGGCAGCUGGAUGAAGUGGUAUUAGAGAACCAGAAGCUCAAAGUAUCAUCUCCUAAGAGAAGAACCCUGUGUGUGAUGGUGAUACUGGCUUUCAUAAUGUUGAAUUAUGGUCCCCUGAGUGUAUUCGAAAAAGAUCCCAGUGGAGCUGACUCUCCUGUGAGCUCCAACCACCGGACCCGAAAUCUCCUGGAGUUCUCAGCUAGCCAGGAGUCCAGCACAGCACAGAAAAUACCUGAUGACAUAAUUUCCGAAAAGAGUAAUAGGUACGAUCAUUCAGUGUCUGACAACAAAGCACUGAUGAUAGUAUCAGAAGAACCGCUAUUAUAUAUUUCACCACCACCACCCCCACCCCCCUGUCAGCCCCUGAUCAACCGGACAGAGUCACAGAGGCUAAAUCAUGAACUUCGAGGAUGGGUUCAUAGACAUGAAGUGGAAAGAACAAGGUCUAGAAGGCUGUCAAAUAGCAAACAGCAGAAGGCACGGGUUACACAGAGCUCCCUCAGUAAGAAAGUAGAUUCCCAGCUAAUGGCCAUGCCUUAUACAGACACCAGCCUCAGCAGGAACUCAGGGAACGAGCUGCAAGUAUAUUAUGCCUCUCCAAGGAGCUAUCAAGACUUCCUUGAAGCUAUUCGCAGAAGGGAAGACACAUUCUACGUGGUGUCAUUUCGCAGAGACCACCUGUUAUUGCCAGCCACCACACACAACAAGACCAGAAGACCAAAGAUGUCUAUAGUGUUGCCAGCUGUAAACAUCAAUGAGAACGUGAUCAACGGGCAGGACUACGAAGUGAUGAUGCAGAUCGACUGCGAGGUGAUGGACACCAGGAUUCUCCACAUCAAAAGCUCGUCCGUCCCUCCCUCCCUCCGCGAGCAGCGCAGGAAUCACACCAACACCUUCUACAGCUCGUCCCCCUCCGUCUCAGAGACGCCCCACGCCCUCAGGGCAAUCGUAAAGUCCCUGCAGUAACCCCUGCACGGCCCCUGCACCCUGCCUGACGAUGCCGGCAGGUCCCUGGGGCUCCGGGCACAGCGAGGGCAGCUGAGAGCCCAUUCCUGUGCCUCACCCUGCCACACGGCCGCGUCCUGUCCUGCCCAGGGACUGCAGAGCUCUGCCAGCUGGGGACAGGCCUGGGGGACCCACACACCGUGAUGCCCCGUGCCGGAGGCUGCCGCAGUCCUGGUGUCCGGCAUCAGCAGCUGGAGCCCCGCACUGGUAAAGGGGGCACUGCCCGUCCUUGCUGCUUAUGCACUGCCCAAAAUUGGUGGUUUUUUUUUUUGGUUUCAUCACCUGCCCCAAACCUUUCCCCACGCAGCCUCCCUCACCGGGGAAACUGGGGGCUGCUGCCUGGGGCAGCCAAGGCACUACAAGCAGAACGAGCUGCACGGCCACCAGGCGUGCCCCGAGGGCUCCGUGCAGCCCGGCCACCCGUGGAGCUGCUCAAACAGCGCCCUGCACCCGGGGUCACCCUGCGUUGGGUUUGUGCCCACCGAGCGGGGUGCCCAGGCGCGCAGCCUCACCUGCGUGCAAAAAGCUGGGGCUUGGCCUGAAGGUGGUGGAUUAGUGCAGCAUAACCAUCACUAAAGAUUGUAUUUCUUUACCUCCCUGUGCUUAUUUUUUUUAAAUUUUGGGUGAUAUUUAAUGUUCCUCACUGCUACCAGCCUGCUGAGCGGCUCUGCCUGUGUCCGCAGGCAGCGCCAGCCCAGCUGGGGCAGGGGGCACACUGAGUGCGGUGGGACACAGCCACAGCUCCUUACUCCCAAAACAUGCACACAGACACACACAGGAGCACCUUCUGCCCACAACACACCCCCCGAGUGCCACCACAGAAGCCCUCUGCCCUUUUUGGCCACCGGGGCAGGGCCGAGGGGCUGCGGCGCGGUGCUCAGCUGGGGUCGGGCGCCAGCAGCGCAUCGGCCGUGCGUAAUGACUUCAGCAUGUUGUUACUUAUUUUUUUUCCCCCCUUGCAGUUAGCACAGAAGAUGAUCGGCUUCGGUUUGCCAGACCAUUGGCUUUCCCUCCUUGUCUGAACCACUUACUGAUGUGUUUUUUUUAAUUAUUAUUAUUAUUAUUCUUUUUGUGUGUGGGGGGGGGGGGGGGCUGUUAGGAAAUAAAGGUUGAUCCCGCAGCAAGACAAACAGCUCGGGGGAGGCGAGGAGGAGGGCGAGCAGCAAUACACCCCUGUGAAAUAUGUGCCUUGCAACACUGUGGAAAAGCUUUGCCCUUUGCCACGUAGUCAGCGCCGCGCGGCCCCCGUCCCCUCGGCGCUGGAGCUGCUGGGAAGCAGCCGGGCUCGGCGAGGGGCUUGGCUGCGCUCCUUGCACCAGUUCUGUUUUCCUGGCCCGGGCCCCACCUGACUGCGGGCCAGCUCGCGCAGUCAUCGAGCAGAAACUCCCCGGCUGUGCCCCAGCCAGAGGCACGCGGCCCCGCGGUGCUCUGGGGGGACCCUUUGCUGCGGGGAGCCACGGCAGGGACCCGGCGGUGAUGGCCGCGCUCCCAAAUCCAUGCCAUGGGUGGGUGGGUUGGGGGCGGGGAGAGGGUGCACCCAUGGGUGCAGCCACAGCGGUGCCGUGGAAAGGGCCACGGGGGUGGCAGGGCAGCGUCCCGAGCCUGGGGGCUGGCGCAGAGGGGUUGGGAACGUGGGACCGCCGCAGCCCAGUGGGCACCGGUGGUGGAGGGCACCUCUCUUCCCAUGUGGUCCUCUUGUCUGUGUCCCUAGCACCGAUGGCAAUAAAAUCGUUCUCUUAUUUA